AUGAUUUUAGCCACUUCAUCAAAAACUUCGGAAACUAUACGAGAUUUUUCUCGAGAAUUUGAUAUCGAAAUUGAUGACAAAGAUACAUUUGUAAUAGAUCAUUUUAAUUAUGAUAUAUUUGAUGAAGGAGGAAAACAUACACUUGUAAUUAUUGAUAAUAAUAAAGGCAAUAAUGAUGAUAGCAUAACAAAUAAUCCAGCAAUAUUAAGUAAAGAAGUUAUUGAAGGAUCACCGAUACUUUUUAGAGGGAUAGGUCAUAAAGUUGGUUCAUCACCAUUAUUAGUAAAAAUUUUAUGGGGAAGGAAUACUUCUUAUUCAUAUGAAGUUCGAGAAGAUCAAAAAAAUAUAGUAGAUCAAGUACCUUUCAUUUCAGGAAAUCAGAUUGGACUUGUAACCGCAUUACAAGCAAGAAAUAAUGCAAGAAUUACUUUCGUGGGAAGUUUGGAAUUCUUUAGUGAUAGAUUUUUUGAUUCUCCUGUUCAUAAUGUCGUUACUUCAGAAAAAUUCCCUAAAUCGGGUAACGAAGAUUUUGCUAUGGAUUUAGUAAAAUGGACUUUCCAGAAGAAAGGAGUUAUUAAGGUUAUUUCUCGACAUCAUAAUAAGGAAGGAGAAACAGAACAAUUGGAGACGUAUCGAAUUAAAGAUAACAUUACGUAUACCAUUGAGAUUUCAGAAUAUGUAAAUGAUCAAUGGCAAGCAUUUAAUGGCACAGAUGUACAAUUUGAAGCUAUAAUGUUAGAUCCAUAUAUUCGAAAAACUCUUACUCCCACUUCAUCACCUGAUUUAGAAUCUCGUAAAUUUAUAACGAAUAUUCAACUUCCUGAUGUUUACGGAGUAUUCACAUUUAGAGUUAAUUAUAAACGACCAGGAUAUUCUUAUAUAGAUGAUAAAUCAGUAGUAGCUAUUAGACCUUUUAGACAUAAUGAAUAUCCUAGAUAUAUAUCGGCCGCUUAUCCUUAUUAUACUGUAACUGCUUCUAUGAUAGUAUCAUUUUUAAUAUUUUCUAUUGUUUGGAUUUUUAAUGAAGAUCCUUCUAGUAAGAAUAAAACGAAGAAAACGAAUUGA